AUGGCGGAGUUACUUACUCCUCAAGAGCACACUCCGACACCACACGACCAGUACCAGCGAGACCCAAUGGAGAGCUCCAUGAUUCGACUAGCAGCUAUCUUUACUAAAUUCUGGGAUACACUAGCAGCACGGGUAGCAUCAACCCGGCUAGACUCCCUGACAGGAGAUCAGAGGGGCGUGUUACAAGAUGGCGAUGGACUUCCGUCAGGCACUGUUAAUCUGCCAGCAUCUAACCAUUGCUACACAACCCCACCUCAGCGGGAGGCCAUCAAGAGAUUACCAACUUCUAAAGCAACAACCACUCAAGCAGCGCACUGA